AGGCAAGAGAACCGAUGUGUCUUGACUCGAAGUUAUUGUACUAGUUAUAGUUAUUUAGACAUCACAUAAUACGCUGUAUUUACUAAAGUUCACAAUCACUCUCCACAUACUGGCCAACUCGGCACCGCCCGCUAAGGCUCCGAGUCUCAAAAGGCAUGGACACCUUCUAUUUCUCAUCACCCCCCGAGCGAAGCUCUGGAAUACAUGGCCCAAAGACUCUCGCCAACCAGGAACGGUGCUAUAUGUCGGUUGCCUUGUUCGUCGGGAAUUCUCUCGCCAAGAUGAAGCAACUAAACCUCCGGACACAAGGGCUGAUAUGGAGCGUCGAAAAUUACGGAAUGGGGCCGGGUCACGAACAACUCACGACGCCGGCAUGCAUCUCUGAAAACAAGUACCUCCGUUUUCUCAGGACCGAAGAAGGGCUCAACAACUACGCCAUCAUCGAACCUAUCGGAGAAGGCGGGUUUGGAUUGGUGAAACUGGUUCGCAGGAAGCAGGACGGACGGGUCUACGCGCUGAAGCAAAUUUCCAAGGAAAGGGCGACGAAAUCACGAAGAUCGAUAGAGCGGAUGUGUGCUGAGCGAUGUGCCCUGGUUGAAUCCGACAGCGAGUGGAUCGUCAAACUCUACACGGCCUUCCAGGACGACACCAACUUCUACUUCCUUCUCGAAUAUCUGCCUGGUGGUGAUUUAUCAACGCUGCUGGCGCGCUAGGGACGCUUUUUCGAUCGUGACGCGGCUUUCUAUGUGGCCGAGAUUGUCCUAGCGCUUGAAGCCCUCCACAAACUCGGAUACAUUCAUCAAGACCUUAAGCCGGGAAAUAUUCUUCUGGACCACCAAGGCCAUAUAAAGCUCGCCGAUUUCGGCUGCAGUAAAAGCCACCGCAAGACUGUCGCUUUCGGUCGCUCAUGUAGCCUAGUACUUGACGCGACCCGGAACCGCAAUUUACCUGGUGCCAGCAAGCUCUGUUCAGCUAUGGACAAUAACGGCCGUCAUGGGGGGAGUAUCAAGGUAAACCCACCGGCUGGAACUCCCGAGUACCAGGCUCCGGAGAUCUUCAUGGGCGAGGAACACUCCUUCGGUGUUGAUUAGUGGUC